AUGGUGAAGCAGACAGACGAUAAAGCCAAUGGGGGGAAAGGGUGCAAGGACAGCCUCGGCAACAGCGAAGGCAGGAGCCUGCUGACCACGACGGGACCUCACCUUCCAUACUACUCACCAGACCUGGGGGGCACCUGGGUCAUGGGGGACAAGGAUGGCUUCACAGCCCAGGAGGACAGGGGGCUGUCUCCCUUCAGCCAGGUGUUCUCAAUGCCCCUCACCGGCGACCUCAAACCGUCCUUUCCUGGGAUUUCCAAAGGAGGCCGCUGGGCACCACCCAUCAUCAGCUUGGUCGUCAUGGGCCCACAGCGUUCAUCUGAUCAUCCGGCCCUUUGCCCUCUUCAGGCUCAGGGCGCCCUGGUCCCUGAACCCGUGACUGCUUCCAGCUGCCCUCGGCCCCCCGCCCCCACCCUCUGCCUCGGACAGGCCUGCCACGCCUGGGCGUGGCAGAUCACAGUAGGCUAUCCAAGCGGGGGGGUGGGGGCGCCUCCCCCUCGGGGGCCCCCCGAGGCCUCCGGCGCGUGUGUGGUGGUGCCCCGGCCACACCGCGGGUUAGGUGCGGCUUACCCGGCAGCGCGGGCUCCUUCUUGCUCGUCGUCGCCGGAGGCCAGCUCUGUGCUCUCGGGCGAGUGGAGGGGUGGGGGUUCCGGGGCAGCCUCGGUGAGCCGCGGGGACGCGGACAGCCAGGCGGGGAAUGAUAAAGCAUCUGGGGAUUGUGAGGAAGGUGAACUGGAGAGGUUCUGGGGACCCCAGGAAGGACUCUGCAUGACGACUAAGCGCUCUUUGCUGGACUAUUCGGGCAAAUCACUCAAUUUUGUAAUCUGUCAGUGGGUGAUGGUCCCCACAGGCCAGGAAGGUGGAGACAAGCCCCUGGCUGCUGGGCCAAAAAAGGAACUGCGGCAGAGUUCAGCCCCCUGCGCUCAGGAUGCCCCAAGUGAGGAACUGCCCCCCUCCUGCAUCGUCCCUGGGGAGAAGCCACCAUCAGACCCCCCUGGAGAACCAUCUGGGACAGAUACCAGGAGAGGGGGCCAGCCAUCUGGUUUGGGGACUCUCCACAAAGACACGCCUCUGGCCCCACCGGGACCCCAGCCUCCUGGGGAAGGCUGUUCCUUCCCAGUGAAAGAGGCAAAGCCAGGGAAGAGGUCCUACUCUCCAGCCUCCAGUAAGCAGAAAAUACCCAGUGCCGCGGGUCUGGCCCCCACACCAUCUCCUGGUGUCACCCACUCAGCCCGUGCCGCACACAACCCAGUGCCUUGUGGGUCAGGCCGGGGGCCCUGCCAUCUGGCUAACCUCCUCAGCACAUUGGCUCAGAACAGCCAAAACACAGAUCAGAAGAGGUCCCUGGAAGUGACCUGCCAAGUUCGGAAAAAGACCCGGACCCUAUACCGCUCAGACCAGCUGGAGGAGCUAGAAAGGAUCUUCCAAGAAGACCACUACCCAGACAGUGAUAAGCGCCGGGAGAUUGCCCAGACUGUAGGGGUUACCCCCCAACGCAUCAUGGUAAAGGGGGCUGGCCAACUGGCAUCAGGGUGGUGGAGAAACCAUCAACUGUCUGAGUCUCUGCUGUGCUCCUCGAACACUUCUAGGGUCUCUCCCCUAUAGGUGUGGUUCCAGAAUCGCAGGGCAAAGUGGCGGAAAGUGGAGAAGCUGAAUGGCAAGGAGGACAAGGACAGCCCUGCAGACCCUGCCCCUACUGGGGCCAGCGGUCAGUGCAGCUCUGCAACUGAGCUGCCAGCCGCUGUGCCCAUGGACCCAGAGCCUGGUACCUUCCCUCAGGAACCCCCUCUGGAUUCUCUUGUAGAGCCUCCCAUGCUGCUGGCCUCUGAGCACACUCUGGCCCCAACCCAACAGAGUGAGAGUACUCAGAGGGUAGCAGUGACCCCACCGCUCUUCAGCCCUCCGCCAGUUCGAAGAGUCAACCUUCCUUUUCCCCUUGGCCCUGUCCCCACCCCCCAAAUGAUGCCUCUGCUGCUGGAUACCCCAGGCAGUGACAGCGGCCACAAAGAUGGCUCCUGGGGGACAAGUGUCACCCCACCAUCCACCUGCUCAUACUUGGAGGAGCUGGAGCCCCAGGAUUACCAACAGAGCGCCCAGCCGGGACCGUUCCUAUUCUCCCAGGCUCCACAGAGCCAGCUCUACCAACAGCCUCAGCCCCAGUUCUCCUACCUGCACCCCUUCCCCUUCCCCAUGCCCCACCCCCUGCAGCCUCUGCUGCCGGAUGACCCCCUCUUCACCUCGCCCUAUGGCCCCAGUGCGGGGACAUCACAGGGCUACUUCCCAGGGCCGCCGCCUCCGUCAGGGCAGACGGUGCUUCAGCCACCUGCUGGGAAUGCAGGUACAGUCCCCUGGAAUGACCCUUGCUUUCCAGAACUGCCUUUCCCUGGUCCCUUCUGUCCGCAGGCCCUGGGGCAGCCCCCCGGAGGGGACGGCUACUUCCCUGAUCUGCUCCCAGCCCCCUAUGCUCCGGCCCUGAGCAGGCAGCCUUCCCCAGGUGUCACCCGGCUGCCCGAAGGGGCCAGGCCCGAAACGGGACCCUUCCUCGGCAGGGCCCCCGAGGAGCAGCCUGCCCCCUGUGUGGAGGGGCCCCCCGCAGCCGAGGAGCUCCGAGCGGAAGAGAAGGACAGCUGUGGCCCCUAA